UUUCGUUCAUUGUCUACUUAUCUUCCAGGGAAGAGAAAAACCGGGCUGGUUCCUAUUUCUUCCCCAUCCAUCUCCGGGAGAAACCCUAAAAAUUAAACCUUGGGGUCAGGGGUUCUCUCCCUAAAUUUCUUUCAGUUCUCUCCUUUCUCCUUCGAAAUCGAAAUCCAAGUUUAGCUUUUUCUGAAAAUUUCCAGAUCCGCUCAGUUUUUUAUACCUAGUAUACUAACAAAACUAGUACUAUGUCUCUAAAAUCAUCCGCCGGUUAUGGCACCAUCCCUACCACCACCACCACCACCACCACCACCACGACGCAACCCCCACCAGAAACUGUCACCUCCCUCACUUUUAUCUCGCGCGCCACCACUGCAACUCAGAAUGUAAUAGCCACUCGACGUCCAUGGACGGAACUUCUCAACCGUUCCUCGUUCUCCCUCCCAUAUAGCUACGGGGAUGCCAUCUCCCGGAUCAAGUACAAUGCCAACUACUUUCGGGUAAAUUACGCCAUGGUAUUUCUCUUCAUUCUGUUUGCAGGACUUCUAUGGCACCCUGUCUCCAUGAUUGUCUUCAUUAUAAUAUUCAUUGCUUGGUUUGUCCUAUACUUCUCUCGGGAGGGUCCGGUGGUGUUGUUUAACAGAAGUUUUGAUGAUAGAGUUGUCUUGCUUGCGCUUGGAUUGGUUACUGUUGUGGCUUUGGCGUUUACCCAUGUUGGAUUGAAUGUGUUGGUAUCUUUGAUUGUUGGUGUUGUGGUUGUUGGCGUUCAUGCUGCUUUUAGAAAUACUGAGGAUUUGUUUCUUGACGAGGAGAGUGCAUUUGAAGGUGGGUUGCUUUCGGUUGUUGGGAGUCAACCUUUGAAGACCACAAGCUAUACUCGAAUUUGAUUGUUUUUAGGUGUUGCUUUGGUGAUCUGGAGUUGUUUGAAAUGGGUUUGGUGUUCUCUUCUUGGUUUGGUGUUACAAUGCUGCAUUGUCGGACUUUAAACCUAAGAUUUUGUAUGCAAAAUGAUGAGAAAAUUGGUAGCUAAUAGUUCGGUUGGUGCUUUCUAUGCCUUCUUUGGUUUUUCGUUGACUGUAAUGUUGUGUUGAUGGGAAUGGAUUGGGAGUGCAAAGCUGCAAAGCGGCAAGAAUGCUGUUAUAUAUCGAGUUGGCUUAUGUAGGAAGUAUUUGCGAAGGAGGUGAUCUCUAUUUUUUUUUUCUUCUAGAAAUUCUUAUUUUAGUCAUCAAUGUGAUUACUAAUUUGUCAGUUCCGGUUAUCUAUUAGUGGAAAAUGUUAUAGUUUUCUCUAAUUUUAGCACUGGUUGGAUCAUUGAAAUGGUCAAGCCAAAAAGUUCUUGUCUUCUGUCUCUUCUCUCUUCUGUGCUAUUAUUCUGAUAUAUGUCUAACACGGGGGACUUGAUUGAAGACAGUUGCAUUAGAUUCUUGGUUUAGUUCUGUCGAUAGCUUGUUUGCUUGAAAGCAAAAAGAUGUUGGAGCUUUCUUUUAUUGUUUCA